AUGCUGAGCCGCUAUUUUGCGAAUUUUAUCUGCUCCGUUAAGCCCGUCAGAUCUUCUGUCAUAAUUUCAAGGUUUCAUACUGGCCAUGUAGUGGGAGCCGUAAUGAAUGCUCAGAAAAAGACUUACGUCCGUGAUAAGCCCCAUAUGAACAUAGGAACCAUAGGACAUGUUGAUCAUGGCAAGACUACUCUUACUGCAGCCAUUACCAAAGUUUUGUCGGAAAUUAAUAAGGGUAAAACUAUCUUCAAGUCGUAUGAAGAAAUUGACGCUGCUCCUGAAGAGAAAAAACGCGGAAUCACAAUCAACGCCGCUGUUGUUGAUUACUCUACUGAAAAGCGCCAUUAUGCUCAUACAGACUGUCCUGGUCACGCUGAUUACAUAAAAAACAUGAUUACUGGUGCAAAUCAAAUGGAAUGUGCCGUGAUUGUAGUUGCUGCAACGGACGGGACUAUGCCUCAAACUCGUGAACAUUUGCUACUUGCCAAACAGAUUGGAAUUGAAAAUAUUAUUGUAUUUAUCAAUAAGGCUGAUUCUGCUGAUGCUGAAAUGUUGGAAUUAGUAGAAUUGGAAAUCCGCGACACUCUUAAACAAUACGGUUUUGACGGUGAUAAUACUCCUGUUGUAUCUGGAUCAGCCCUAUAUGCUUUGGAAGACAAAGAUCCUGCCAUUGGGCGUGAAAAAAUUAUCGAGCUUCUGAAGGUCAUUGACGAGGUACCAAUGCCUAAGCGUGAACUCGAUAAACCACUCCUUCUCCCGGUUGAACAGGUCUUUACAAUCACUGGCCGUGGUACCGUAGCUACCGGUAGCAUCAAGCGAGGCAAAGUAAAGCUGCAAGACCAAAUUGAAGUGGUUGGCUACAACGAGACCCUUAAGUCAACUGUUACAGGAAUUGAGAUGUUCCGCCAAAUGAUGGAGUGUGGAGAAGCGGGUGAUCAGGUUGGGGUUCUUCUUCGUGGUGUGAAACGUGACGAAAUUCGUCGUGGAAUGGCCAUUGUUGCUCCCAAAUCUGCCUCCAUCCAUAACUGCUUCAAGGCCCAGGUUUACAUGCUUUCAAAGAAGGAAGGUGGACGUGAGAAGCCGUUCACAAACAAUUUUCAAUUGCAAAUCUUCAGUAUGUCAUGGGAUUGUCCGGCUUUUCUACAACUUGACGAAGGCCGCGAUUUUCUAAUGCCUGGCGAAGAUGCCAGCAUAAAAUUACACAUGCAAAAGAAAAUGUUCCUUGAACAAGGUCAACGAUUCACUAUUCGUUCCGGUGGCUCUACGAUGGGGUACGGAGUGGUUUCUGAUCUUCUUCCUGACCCUGGAAUGGGCAAAUGGGCUGAUUAG